GUUGACAGCUGCUAGGCAAUGCAAUUAAAUUUUGGGUCAAGAUGCAAGAUUCUUCCGGAUCUCCGGAGAGACUUCCCAGAGAAUUAAUACACACUCAGAAUGAAAGACUGACAACAAAGCACAUUCAGACGCUAUCAUUUUUACAAGAUCUUGCUAACGAAAACAAAGAAUUAAAAGCCAAAGUUCAAGAAUUAGAGGAGCAGCAGUCACAAUGUGCCACAUUACAUGCCUUGGCAGAAAAUUCACAGAGUCGAAUCAAGGACAUUCAGCAGCAGUACUUGACCCGAUCGGAUGAAAUCAAUUCUAUGUUGGCAGAAAAACACAAGCAAGAGAUAUUACAACUUGUUGAUGAAAAGGUGGAACUAGAGAGGAACUGUUAUGAAGAAAUUUUAGGAAUGAAACUAGAGAUACAGGCCUUGCAACAGGAGAAUGCAGAGCUUAUGUGUCAGUUGGAGAAUGUGCCACAAAGUGACGACUUGGCAGAAGUGAAGCUACAAGAUGCCGAGAGAGAGAUAAAGAGACUGAAAGCGGAGUAUGAGAAACUGCACAAAGUGUCCGAGAACCAGGCCACAGACCUGCUCCAGAUGCAGGAACUGAUCACCGAGAAGCAGACCUUACAGCAGAGACUGCAAGAAUCUAGUCAGAAGAAGGACGAGCUGGAGAUGCGAAUCGACCGGCUCCAAAAGGCUGUGCAGGAGGCGGAGUCGAACAAGGAGCUGGUGGAGCUCGUCCAGAGGAUGAAGACGAAGCUCGAGAAGUUGAUGGAGGAGCGAGAGAGCUACCGGACCCAGCAGGAGGAGCUCAUCAAGCAGGUCCAUGAGCUGAACGCAGAGAACAAUCGUCUCAAAUCUGGGCUCAUCAAACUGGAGCAGCAGAAACACAUGCUGACCCAGGAGCUGGAGAAAGCGUAUCUGGAGAUCCACGCUCUGAGGAAACAGUUGUUGCAGUGCAGUGACAAGCAGACGUUCAAGGACUUCGUGCUAAUCAAGCGGGAGCUGAAUUUGUUGAAGGACGAGAACCAGGUUCUGAAGAGUCGGACGAAGCUGCCGUCGUUGCCGAUGUUGAAGCCCGACCGGCCGACGUCGGCGUCAAAAGGAGCUGGUCAGCAGCAGGUGCCAAACAAAAGUCUCGGUCGAAAUGGAUGUGGAGAGAAAAACAGUAAAAAACAGUUGGCAUUACCCGCCUGUGAGAGCUGAAAUGUUGUAAAGUUAAAGUCUGAUUGACCACAAGAUGUUACUUCAGUCAAGUGUUUCUAAGGAAGGAUCUAAAGGAGGUGACAAGGGGGUCCUGUCCACCACUCCCCUUCCUGAAAAACAUAAAGUGCUCCAUUUUUUGACAGUUUGUUUACAGUUUUCAUUAAGUGCCCUUUUCAGGGAGUUGGUCCAUGUGUCCUUUUGCCUUUGGUCCCCUCCCUAAAAUAUUUCCAGGCUCCGUCCUUGGUUUCUAUACAUUUCAUAAAUGUAACAGAAAUAGAUGGCAAACACAAUUAUGUCUUGUUACUCAGGGGACAAUGUUUCAUGCAGACCAUUGUUCUGUUAACGUAUUUGUUAUGCAACUUUAAAUUCACUCAUACCCCCAAUUGGUAUGUGUGGCAAGCAGUUGUAUUUUAAAAUUAGAAGUUGCAAACUUACGGAUGACUGGAAUUUUGUUGUACUAAAAUCUAAUUGUUAGAAACAUUUUCUAGUCAUUUUAGGGUAUUUGAUGUACAGCACAUCAGUAGUCACAUUAAAUUUUUUACUAUCACAUAACAAUUUGUUUAAACCAGAUUUUAAAUAUCAGUAUACAAAUAGUAUUGAACAUUAACACAAGUGUGUAACUUUGCAGUUAUGCAGAUAUACUCUAUUUAAUUGCACAAUCCGUUACCUAGGCAAAAAGCAUGUGAACAGACAUAGUUACAUAAGAUUUUGAAAUAUUGUCCCCUGUUACUGCAGGUUAACAAGGAAAGUAAAUGAAUGUUGGCUAUAUGUUCAGUGAAGAAGAAUUAUGAGUUAUUUCCCAUUCCAACCAGUGCACCACAACUACUAUAUCACUCAGUGUGUUACAUGCUGCCAUAUCUAUAUGAAAGUGCCUAUAAAAGAUACCUUGCUGCUAACUAGUAUUAGAUUGAGUAGUCAGUGUGACAAUUCAGUGUGAUUCCUUCGUAACUGUCAUUUGUAAAUACAUUUUUACACCAAAUAACUGCAGAUUAAACAAUGUGAUGAAGUACUGUUAGGCAAAUUUUUCUUGCCAUUCCACUGCAUGACAUGAUACAUGAAAUUAAGGUUGCACACCACCAUUUAAUUUUUCAUGUAUCUCAAUACAAUUUUAAUGUCGGAAUGUAUUCUGUAAAAAAAUAAGACAAUAUCAAGACCACUAUUUUUAGGAUGUACAGUUACUUGGUAACUACCAUACAAAACGAAAUCAGUAUGGGUUGACCACAAAAAUUUAAGUUAUCUACCCUUAAGUCGAAGCUCCGCCCCAUUUUGCGGUUAUCUAAGACAGUAUAUACCACAUGUACUGAUGUUAUCAUUAGUAAAAAUAAAAUGUGUUGAGUGCGUCCUUAAAUCAAACAUUUCCUUUAUUUAGUAAUAAAAAUAAAAUAAAUUUGAAACCAAUGGGUUAUUUAUGUACUUCGUAGGUCAACCUACUUAUAAUCAAAGAAAGAUUUGAAAAGGUUUUUUUCCCAAUGACGACUUAUUUCCUAAACUGGACUGUUACGCUGUUUUACACAAAGUAACAACUAGGGGGGGGGGGGGGGGGGGGGGGGGGGGGGUGGUGUGAUGUAACUAUAGCGAAACCUGUCUAAACCAGAUCCUGAACAAACUGGAAUCUUGUCAAAAACCGGCCAAGUUUCAUGAUAAAUAUUAGGUGUCCCACUAGUAGUAGUAUUUGAAAUGAGAUAAUAUUUCAGAGAAUUAUGAAUUGGGUGGGAAAGAAAGUAUUCAGGAAUGGGAACAGUAAAAUAAUUUCUCCACACCACACCCUAUAUACAGACAUACACACACACUGACGUAUCCAGGAUUUUAUAUUGAUGGGGUAACCAAUUUGUCUAUGACUCAUGUUAUGUGACGAUAGGAAAAUACAUAACAUGGGGGGGGGGGGGGGGGGGGGGGGAGGUGUGAUUGGUGUGUGUGUGGGAGGGGGCAUUGCCCCCAUUGGACACCCUCUGGCUAAGCCAGUGGAUAUGACCCCGGUAUCUGAAGUGGAAAACUGCUGCUCAGUAUGAACAUGAUUAGUGUUACUGUGAUAAAUUUACUUUUGUCUCGCCUUUACAAACUAGAUAUAGGUAUUAUUUUUCCGACGUCAUUGGCAGCGGCAGUAACGUAAUCGUAAACCUUUGCAGAGGCGGAUCGGGGGGGGAGGUGCCUCCCCCCCCCCCUAAAGUUUGCGAGUUAUAAUUUUAUUAUAUAUUAAUUUUCAUUUUUUUUACGAUCCCCUCCAAACGUCCCCCAAUGUUCCAUUGGCAUUCCGCAUCAUGUCCUUACCCCCCGCCCCCAAAUGGAUUUUCUGGAUCCGCCACUGCUUUACGAUUCGCAUUUAGAUCUCAGUUUCUCACAAACUACAAGUCCUGGAUCAAUGAACCUUGGUUUAUAGUUGCACCUAUUGAUGUUCAUCAGAUGUACAACUUUAGGUGCAACUAUGAGUAACAUCACAUUGAUUUGUGUUAGGCGAGACAUUUAGUUCCAUGGAAUUUUUGUCUUUCGUUAGCAUUACGCCUCACAGAAAUGAGAUCUAACUGAUCAGUCCACGCUGAAGUUCACUUGUUUGUUUUUAUAUUGUUAUUAUCGUAUUACAGUACCAUUAGUGUAUCUGAAGUCCUUUCUUCUUAUGUCAGCAUUGUUGCUACUUUUUCAAUAAAUUUUAUUGAUUA